AUGACAUCACAGCUUUGCUCAUCCCUUGGUGUUCUUGAGCUACAAUUGCAGCUUGGCUUGAGCCGUGACUUUAUUCCCGUUAGACUCAGAGAAAGACAUCCAAUGCAUUCUCAUCUUCGACAUAGAGUCAAAUCCUCGAGAAGUACUUUGCUGAUGUCUUACGUCUUACGGCCCCUUUAUUUAUUUGCAAGCAUAUCUCCCCUUACGGCAGCGGUCAUCGCCCCGCUUGCCGUUUUACUUGAUAUCCCUGCAUUGACUGAAAAAUGGUAUACACGAAAUGGCCAGCCUCAGCCAGACCCUCGGGCCUCGUUGAUUCUUUCUGGAUUGAGUUUGAGCUUCAGUUUGGUUGCAAAUGCAUUGCUUGUGAUCCGCUUCUCUUUGGAAGGCAGAAGGUGGAUGAUCGCUACUCAGAUCUCUGUAGCGUGUUGGAUCGUUAAAGUCGUAGUAGGUAUCACCAACCUUGUGGUGUUUGGAGCCUUGACCCGCAACCAGCCUCAAUUUUCAUAUGCAGAAGGGUUUUGGUCAGCUGUCGUUUCAGUGAUUGCUUCUGGGAUUGUUCUAGCGCUUUUACUUCUGCAUUGGAUGCUUGAGUUCAAGCGGGAUCCUUCUCAAGAUGAUCAACCUUCAACCCCUGCUCAUACCAAAGUACAAAUUCGCGUGGCUGGACGACACUUUAUGCUCCAGAAUACAAUGUUAAUCGCUUUAAUUGCCUUGACUUCAUUAAUAUUCUCACGUAUUAUAUCCCAGAUGAGGGCUGAGAAUCCCUCACUUCAACGGGAAAUUGCAUUUCUAAGGGAACUGCAUGAGCAUCAAGGGUGGCGGGAGCAGGGUGUGGAUCUGGCACAAUCUCUGAUUGGGUUUCUUAUUUUGGCUCGCUGGCGCUGCUAUAUUUGGUGCCGUGGAACCCCAAUUUCGCCUGCAGGCCGAGUCAUAUUCAUCGUGUACUCCAUAAUAGCUGUGCCAAUCAUGGCAUCUUUCGCCGUCCAGGCUGUUCAGAAUAUCUUGGAACGACUGUCGAACCGGCGUAUGGACCAGCGAAGGGCUCGGUUUGGCGAUGAAACCAGUCAAGCAACCGGAGAGACUCAACUCAAGAACGACCCCGAGAAUAAUCCUUCCAAUGAACCAAUAGAUGAAAUGCACUCAACUCUUGUUACCCGAUUUCAUUCUGGAACAACGGAUGUAAAGUCGAACACGGAUGUGGCUAUGAACACCAAUGAUCUCAAGAAACUAUUGGAGCACGCCGUCUCGCUCGAGAGAGUAGCGCGACGACUUUUGGUCGCUCACUUGGAGGAAGGGAGUCCAGCUCAAAUCCUCUUACGAGCCGACUGGAAUUUGCAAUCUCGAGAUUUACGAAUCCUACAAUCAGAGACUAAAGAAAAUAACUCUAGCUAUCCUGAGGUUGGAGCCGAGUCGAACGGUGAUCCCGAGUCGGACCGAACAUACAGGAACAAGGCUCACGGCAUCACUGUGACGGAGGCUGGUAUGACCGGAGCUCCCCAGAGCCGAGAAGAGGAAGAAGAGGCCGAGAUCGCAGCGACGGCGGUGGGAGGCAUGGGCGAUGAAGAGACUCUAAAGGCGGUAAGAGAAUUUCGAAGGAACGUAGCUGGCGUAUUGGCGUUAGGUAGCCGACUGAGAGAGUUAGAGGGCAUGGAGAAGUACAUUUUUGAAAGGCGCCGGCAGAAGUAG